UUGGUACGUUCGGGGUCCUCCCUGCGGCGCAGCUGCUCCGUGGACGUUGCUGGAAGCCGAAGGCAGCAGCGGAGGCUGCGGCGGAGGCUCGGAGCCUGCAACCCCCCCCCCGAAAGCAUCCCUAAGGGAGGGCUCCGAGGGGCCCUGGGCAGGAGGUCGGUGCCCAGCUACGGCCCCGUCCCUGCCGCUGCCAGGAGCCGGCAGCAGCCUUCCGAGGAGCAAUGACCCAGGGGAAGCUCUCUGUGAGCAGCAAAGCUGCCAGCUCCGAGGGGCAGGGGCACAGGAAGGAGGAUGCCAACGUCCCUCCAGCUCCUCCCUCCUACGAGGAGGCCACGGCAGGAGGAGGAGGAGGAGGAGGAGGGGGAGGGAUGAAGUCUGCUGCUUACUCCCCCCCCCCAUCGGUCCCACUUCACCCCAGCUGGGCUUACGUCGACCCCAGCUCCAGCCCCGGCGGCGGCGGCGCAGGGGGCGCGGAGGAGAUGCUGACGACCUUCGGCUGGGACGACAGCAACCUGCGCAGGGUCUUCAUCAGGAAGGUUUAUGCCAUCCUGGGGGUCCAGCUCCUGCUCACCGCCGGCAUUGUGGCGUUCUUCACCUUCUGUGAGCCAGUCAAGGGCUACAUCCAGAGCCACUCUGCCUGGUACUGGGCAUCCUAUGCUGUCUUCUUCGUGACCUACUUGAUCCUUGCCUGCUGCUCUGGAGCCAGGAGAUACUUCCCAUGGAACAUGAUCCUGCUGAGCAUCUUCACGCUCUCCAUGGCUUACCUCACCGGGAUGCUCGCCAGCUACUACAACACCAGGUCUGUGCUGCUGUGCCUGGGGAUCACAGCCUUGGUCUGCCUCUCUGUCACCAUCUUCAGCUUCCACAGCAAGUUUGACUUCACCUCCUGCCAGGGGUUGCUCUUUGUGCUGCUGCUGCUGCUCUUCUUCGGGGGCAUCCUCCUGGCUGUGCUCCUGCCCUUCCACUAUGUCCCCUGGCUCCAUGCCAUCUAUGCCCUGCUGGGUGCCAUCAUCUUCACCAUGUUCCUGGCCCUGGACACUCAGAUGCUGCUGGGCAGCAGCCGCUGCGCCCUGAGCCCCGAGGAGUACAUCUUUGGAGCCCUCAACAUCUACCUGGACAUCAUCUACAUCUUCUCCUUCCUCCUCCAGCUCUUUGGCUCCAGCCAGGAGUGAGGCAGGGCAGCAGCUGGGGCUGGGCUGGGGGGAGGCUGCUCUCUGGCUGCCAGUGGAGAGGGAUGGGAGGAAGAUGAAGGAAGAGAAGAGGAGGAAAGAAGAAGAGGAAGAAAAUGAAGAAGGAAAGGAGGAGG